AUGUUGGAGGAAGAGACUGAAGGCACCAGUAUGAGGGUUUUAUUUUAUACAGAACCCUGGGUGUCCUCUCAGGCGGUGGUGGCCACUGGCGAAGUCAAGACUGGUGUUGACUGCGUCCAGUCAUGUCUGAGAGUCCUUAAGGCAGUGGUGGUAGCCGCUUUUGUAGGCUCGUGGGUCAAGCUGAAGUGGUUGCAUUCGCCGAGGGGCGGUGUCCCAGUGGCUUAUGUUGCCGGCUGCAGGCGGGUAGGUACGUUCAAUUGGCCGCAUAGGCAGAUGCGACCGUGUGGGUACAGGUGUGUCCGAGCUGAAGUCGGUCGAGUCAGAGCGUCUGGAAAGGCUCGCUGCAAGUAGUGAAUGACUUUGAGACAGGGAGGCCUUAAACAAUGACUCCAGACUGUCUAUGAUGGUUGUCCGCAGCAAGGCGUGCGCUAGGAAUGUGGACUUUGAAUGCAAGAAACAAGUUUAUGAAUUUUAGUGAAAAGGAUUUAAAUAUGAAGGGAGAAUGGGAGACACCAAGGUACCGGAAAGAGGAUAGUUCAUUGGGAAGGACGUCAAAGGACUCAGGAAUGAGAUCGACAGGCUUGGAGAAAUGGCUGGUCACAAGCUUCUGCAUCAGUCAUGUGAGCAGUAUGCCUGAUUUUGCAUGCAUCGACUACCUACACUGCCAAACCUAGCCGACGUUUACUGGUAAAAGAGUGUUCCUACCCUUUUUAGGGCAACAUUCUGGUCAUUACUGGUCCUUUUCCGACGGUAGAUCUAGUGUGGACACAUUAAUUAGAUAAGACUAAGUUUUUAUUUAGCGGAGGACACUUCGGCGAACCUCUUUUUAUUAAUUUUAAGUAUUAAUGGAUCAAAAACGGUAAAAACCAAGUAGCUGCAGUCCGUGGUCAUCCAUCUACGACCAGAGAACAACUCCAGAUCAGCGGUUUAUUCGGUUGAUACAGCCGCAAGGAACAGAUUAGAAGAAUACAGACAUGAUCCAUGUCUGAGAGCCGUCAAACAGCUGACGCAGCUUCUAACUUCGGGCCUUCGCGUCCUUGAGGGGACAUGAGCAAUCAGAACGCGAAAGAAGCCACCAUAGGUUUGGUUAGGUGCAGGAGCAAGGUAAAGCUUUCCACGAGGUUUUAAAACGGCGAUAGUUAGUGCAUGCAUGGAUUCGACGGGACUGAAGUGGCUAGGACAAUACAUAUACAUAUAUGCAUAUACAUACAUAUACCAUAUUCAAUUUACCAUAUGCAAUUCAUACUACUCUUAGUACUACUUGUUUGUAGAAUGGGCAUUACGUGGUUAUUCCACAGUAGUUGAUUGUCUUCGACUCAACUGUUCAUUGAAAUUUCGGUUCUGACCCUAAAAAGUCAUGUCCCGGAGAUUUAACUCCAAGUUCUGCACUGAUUAAUUUCCGAAAAUAUUCACCUGAUUAUUCUCUGGAGUUCAUAUACCGGAAACCGCUAGAGAACGCUGGGGGUCCCACUGAAGAACCGAACCCCUCGCAGCUGUGUCACGCAGUGGAAGAAUAUCGGCGAAACACGUGUCUGGGCUUUUAGCAAGUAUCUAGGUCGGGAGUACGGUAUAAUACCUUUACCACAUACAUAUACAUACAUAUACAUACGUAUAUAUAUGAAUGAAUUUCACUUCGUUCAAACAGUGGACAUAAUAUGGAUAACUGACAUGGAGUGACAGGUAGUGUUUCCAAAUAAGAAAAUUAGUUCGUGCGGGUAGGCUUUUACUGGGCAGUGGGGCUGGGACAUCUAUCGGUAUUAACUAAAUAAUCCAUGAAAGCCUUUUUUAGUACAGCAGAAAAUUGAUCAGCCUACACAGCCCCGAAAAUGAAUAGAUAGGCCCCCAGUUUUGGGCCUUAUUUCCUUUAAUAAUGUCCAUCUGACCAUAAAAUUCUGGCAAUCUUAGGUGCUCUUUUGCCGGGUUAGUCCGUUUUUAACAAAAUAAGUUAUCUCCAAAUUUCAGACUUUGUCUGUUUCAUGAAAAAUACAUCUGGUACAUCUCUUUGGACAACCCUCUAGAUAGAAAUAUGCGACCAAGCCAGACUAAUCAGUAAGAUCUUAUUUCGUAGCCGCACCUGUUAGGCGCAAGGGUUAGUGUUGGGGGUUAGAGGUUAUGGGUUAGUGUCAGGGGUUGGGGUUAUGGCAUGGGGUUAGUCUUAGGGGUUAGAGUUAGGGUUAGUGGUUAGGGUUAGGGGUUAGCGUUAGGGGUUAGUGUUAAAUCCCCUACUACCACCGGUCCCGUAUGACAGGCGGCUGGCGCUUGUCUACUGCAGGUGCGGCUAUCACAUAAGAUCCGAUCGACCAAUCGCUAAACGAGACAGAGUGGAGAGACAAGAGAAACUUUUUACAAGGGUAUCCGCUUGUCUGACCAACAAAUGUAGGCUAGAAUGUCUAUUAGGCCACCAUGACCUGAUCCGUAGGAUCGGCUGCACACGGCCAUCAGCCGUCACAUAUUCCUGAGGACAAACUGCCUGCAGUUCGUUACGUUUUCCAGGCAAGAGGCAAUGCUAGACGUAGAACUAGGUAAGUGGGACACCCAGCACCUAUGAACGAUCAGCAUACGCACGCGCCCGUGCGAGAGAACGAGAGGCGUGUGGUGUAUGACUAAACUUUUGUCCGCAACCACUAUGGCGCGGUGUCAGGUCUUGCGCAAGCGGGCAGGGCGGUAAUGGUGGAACGAUGUAAACUGUCACAGGAGAGCUAAAUUUCCUACUUCUGAAGUUGUCGCGUCCGGUCCCGCUUCUACUGGCAGUUACGUCGACACUGCAGCUGCCACCGCUUUGAUGAUGAUGAUGAUGAUGAUGAUGAUGAUGAUGAUGAUGAUGAUGAUGAUGAUGAUGAUGAUGAUGAUGAUGAUGACAGAGGCUGCGGCUAUGGUGAUUUCGAACUGUCUCGAGGAAAGUCGUGA